AUGCUUAAGAUGAGUGGUGGAGGAAUGGAGUCUGUGGCACAACCACCACCUAAUGUGGGCGGUGGUGGUGGUGCAAAUGGGCAGCAGGCAAAGGAGCGAUGUGGGUACUUCCAAAUGCCACUGCACUACCCAAGGUAUUCGAGAGCCGAGUACGAGACCAUGCCGGAGUGGAAGCUAGAAUGCUUGCUCCGAGCGUACGGAUUACCGAUCACCGGGGAUGUCAACCACAAGAGGAAGUUUGUCAUGGGAGCUUUCCUGUGGCAUCACUGA